AUGUCCGACGAUCCCAUGGCAGACUUCCUAGCAAGGGAAAAGGCCGCUCUCGGCGACGAUGCAGACCUAUUCGCUUCUGGUUCAGCACCCUCUGCGCCGAGUGGAAUCACCUCCUUUCCUGACUUGGCCUCCCCGACCGCUCCCACCCUUAAUGCACCCUCUGUCCAUACUCCAUUGGGAAUCGACGCUUUUCCUUCUCUCUCUUCACCCGGCGUGGGAAGUACAGUGAGGGUAACAGGUGUAGGGGGUACGGGUGAAGAUACGGAGAGAGAGAAAUUCGAGAGUGCUUUUCCUGAUUUGACCGACGAGGUGCCUUUCGAAGCUCCUCCAAAACCCACGUUCAACGCUCUUUCCCCUCAACCCUACGGGGCUUCACCUUACCCCGCAGCCCCUAAACCUCGCUCAGCCCAAUCCAUCCUCCCCCCUCCGACAUUCAACAACAUCCUCCCUGAUGCAGAGGAAGACACCGAACCCGUCAGAGCGUGGAGGACACGUCAGGCCGAGGAGAUCAAACGGCGCGAUGAUGCGGAUCAGAAGAAGAGGGAUGAGAUGGCUGGGAAGGCGGAGAAGGCUAUCGAUGCGUUUUAUGAGGAGUAUAACAAGGUGAAAGAGAGUGCUAUCAGGGAAAACAAGGAGAACGAAGCCGCCUUCCUGGAGAAACUCAACGAGGGCAUUGCCAAAGGCACAGCUUGGGAACGUAUCACGGAUCUGAUCGGAUUGGAGAACUCUCAAUCUAAAACCAUCCGACCAAGUGUGCCUGGAGGAUCAGAUUUAGCUAGGAUGAAGGAGAUCCUGCUGGCUCUACGGAGAGAGGGUGACAAGGCGCCAGGUGCGUCUGGGUUCUAA